AUGACUGGCGAAUCUCUUCCACAAGACUGUAAGGAUUUUCUUGAAAAUGGUCAGAUUAAUUCAGGAGUGUUCGAAAUUUAUCCGUAUGGGACUGUGUCCAGUCCUGUCAAGGUUUACUGCGACAUGGAAACAAUGGACGGAGGAUGGACGGUUAUCCAAAAACGUGUUGAUGGAUCCCAGAGCUUUAAUAAGAAUUGGGCAGAAUAUAAGAAUGGAUUUGGUUCACCGGAACAGGAUGUCUGGAUAGGAAAUGACGUCAUAAAUCAGCUUACAAAGGAAAACGACUCAUCUCUAUAUGUUACCAUUACACUAGAGAAUGGUGAGACAAAGUAUGAAUUGUACGAUCAGUUUUCUGUUUCGGAUGAAGCCGAGAAGUAUAAACUAUUUUUGGCGGGAAAUGCUACAGGAACCUUAGGAGACAGGAUGCGAAAUCCUGGGGACCCUCCCCUUCAUCUGCCUGGGAUGUACUUCAGUACUCCAGACAGGGAUAAUGAUCACGAUGCAGGGAGCUGUGCUGCCGGACUUAAAGGGGGCUGGUGGUUUAACAGGUGCCAUCAGGCCUUCCUUAAUGGCCUGUGGGCCUCUGACGACUGGGCAUUUCCUUGGUAUCCUAUUGAUAAAGGGACACCUAUAAGGAAAACCGUGAUGAUGGUCAAACGUCGUUAG